AGUUUGGUUCACUUUCACGGACUGACCUGCGCGAUGGGAGAGAGCGGUUGUUAUAGCAACGGGAAACAACUAAACGAAACUUUCUCGCGUGUACACGAAGUCAUCCGAAGCUUUAUACUAGAACGUAGAGUUUUAAACAUUCCUGGACAUUUCCACAUUACAAGCAUGAUGGUCCCGACUGACUCCUUGCUGAAGUAUGAUUAUCCGGUGCUGGUGAGCAAGAACACAGAGAGGAAGUCUCCAAGGAGUCGCCCUUUGAAAGUGAGUCCCCAAAAGAUGGUUGAGAGCGGCCCAGUGCCUCCUCCACCCAAACCCAAGAGCCCCUCAGCGGAUCCCAGCAAACAGCAGACUGAAGAGAUCCUGAAUGCCAUUCUACCACCAAGGGAAUGGAUGGAGGACAACCAGUUGUGGGUGCAGCCGGUGUCCAGCGCUCCGUGCACACGCAUGGACGUUAUUCAUUUGCAAGAACAGCUGGACAGAAGCCUGCAGGAAAGACAGGCCAGAGAGACUGGCAUCUGCCCUGUGCGCAGGGAGCUCUACUCUCAGUGCUUCGAUGAGUUAAUCAGACAGAUCACCAUUAACUGUGCUGAGCGGGGCCUCCUGCUGUUGCAAGUUAGAGACGAGAUUCGGAUGACCAUCGCUGCCUAUCAAACACUGUACGAGAGCAGCGUGGCCUUUGGCAUGAGGAAAGCACUUCAAGCAGAGCAUGGAAUGGCUGACAUGGAGAACAAGAUUUUAGAGCUGGAGGGUGAGAAGCGAGAUUUGGAGAGGCUGCUGAAUGAGCAGAAGGCUAAAUGUGAGGCCAUCGAGAGACGGGAAGCAGAACGGCGGGAAAUUGAGGAAAAGAAGCAUGCUGAAGAGGUUCAGUUCCUCAAACGAACUAAUCAGCAACUCAAGGCACAACUGGAGGGCAUAAUUACCCUGAGGAAUAAGGCCUAAAUAUUAUUAGAAUAAUAAUACACUUACUCUCAUACCCUUUUAAUGAAUAAAACCUUUAUCAAA